UUUGGUUGAAUCCACUGUCAGUUAUACUUUUGUAGCCAACGAGGCAAUAGCUAGAGAUUGCGCGCCGUCAAUGAAGUCCCAACAAUUCAUAGUUUUAGCGCUACUGACCGUUUGUAGCCGAUAUGUGAGUGGAGAUUACUAUACGUCCAUUGUAGGUUUAUACGAUCUGCUGGAGGUGGAAAUAAAAGCAAUUGAGUUUUUGGAGAAAUACAUGGAGGAUAUGGAAGCAAUCAGUCGGCAAGUGAAUGAAACACUCGAGGUGCUGGAGCAGGUUUCUGAAGAGGCCGACGGCGACUACUAUGAGCACUACUCAAAUCCACUGAAUGCAUACAAGAUCAUUAGCCGUUUUGCAAUCGAUUGGCAGAACUUAAACCGGACAGUGUUCGCAGAGCAACCCGCACAAAAUUACAUAGACAAUCUCACCAAAAUUGAGACGAAUGAAGAGUUUACGUUCCCGACCAAUGACGAUUUGCAGGGCGCCAGCAAAGGUUUGGCACGCUUACAGCGCACCUAUAAGCAAGACACCAUUGAUGUGGCUGCUGGCGACCUAAUGGAGAUGAACUUUUCCUCUAAUUUCACGUCUAGCGAGUGCUACUGGCUGGGUCGCAAUUUAUAUUCAGCGGGAGAUCUAAAGUACGCGGCCGAGUGGCUUAUACAUGCACGCACACGUUUGGUCGAAGAAGCGAAAGAGUUCAAUGGUACGCAGACAUUUAUAGGACAAGUCAGCGACGUGGACAUACUGGAACUUCUAACGAGCACUAUGUUCUACUCUGGUAAAGGAAGGCUGGCUUUGUUCUUCAAUGAAGAGCUCUUGGCACAAGAUCCCGACAAUGCACAUGGUUUGCAUAACAGACUGCUCUACUCUAAUAAAGCACUUGAGGAGCGAUAUGCCAUGACAAGUGAGGAUGAAACCAAAAAAUAUAUGCAGCGCACCGAGCUCGACGAACUCUUCGAAAAGACAUGCAACGGUGAUUUGCAGCAGACACCGCGCGAACAACGUAAUUUACGCUGCCGUUACGAACACAACAAUGUACCCUUCCGCUUUAUAGCACCUUUCAAGAAGGAGGAGCUGAACCACGACCCACCUAUCGCCUAUUAUCAUGAAAGCAUACACGAGAGUGAAAUUCAACAAAUUAUCAAUGCAACCGAAAACAAUGUGGAGAGAUCGAAGAUCGGCGAUGUAAAUCAGGCAGUCUACUCGGAUAUACGUACAAGUCAAAAUACUUGGCUUGAGCUUGAGACGCGGCCUUUUUUGAAAAACAUCGUACAACGCUUAAAGGACGUAACGGGUCUGUCUUUGGAAUCCGGUGAACAUUUGCAAGUAGCCAAUUACGGCAUAGGAGGUCAUUACGGCGCACACUAUGACUUCUCGGAGGCUACUGACAUAGAUGAAUACGAGGGUAAAGGAAAUCGCAUAGCAACUGCGCUAUUUUAUAUCAACGAUGUGGAGCUUGGUGGUGCUACCGCCUUCCCGUAUUUGCGCUUGUCGGCGCCCGCCAUAAAGGGUAGCAUGAUCGUUUGGUACAAUUUACACGAUUCGCUAGAAUUGGAUUAUCGCACAAAACAUGGCGGUUGUCCGGUGUUGGUGGGCUCAAAGUGGAUUUGCAACGAGUGGUUCCACGCCACCGGGCAGGAAUUCCUUCGGCCUUGCGGUAAAGAGAAGGACGGUUACAAAUCGCUGCAAUGGAAGGGUUUGCACUGAGACGAAGUGCAUGGUUACACUCAUAAUUUAAGAAUUUUUAUAUUAAAUUGUAAUAAAUUUGUUUAAAUCAAUGAAAUAUAUUGACCGUACAUGCACAUAUACAUGUAACUAAAAAUAUAAAUUUCAAAUUGUCAAAUCAAAUUGCUUUUGUAAUAAAAAGUUAAGCUAGUAAA